ACUGUCGAGUAGGGCACAGGAUUUUAUAAAGUGCGAAGAGUUAUUCUUUAGAGGAAAGGGGUAAAAUGCUGGCUUGUUGGACAACUUGUAGACAGCUUGUUGGACAACUCGAGACUGCAAAGUGUGGUGGGUCAAAACUAGGAAUAUUUAAGUAAGAAUGCUUGACUUGGCGUAGUUUCCCUUUGGAACAGAUUUCGUUUUCUUUUUCACACACGCCCGCCCGCCCCAAACAACAACAGCGACUCUGUGUUCAGGAACAAAUAUACAAGUGUCAGGACUGGAUAAUUAUAUCUUGCCUUCCAUGCAGACUCUGAGCUGAUGCAGACUGCCUUGUAAAAUCUAGCAUUGUUGUUCUUGCUGAGCAGGCUGAGAAGGAGGGAGUUGACUUGUGGGUGUGUUUGUAGGGAGGUACAAAUAGAGUAUUUUGAAUAUUAAGGCAGAAGGAAGGCAUAUUAUACUUGUGUAAUACUUCUUUGCUGCAUAUGACUCAAGGUAAGGAGUAGAGUGUCAGAUUCUGGCAGUUACUGGUAGAUAUUUUUUUAAUACUUGAAUGGAAUGUGCACUUCUUGUGUCUUUCCUGUUGGCUAUAUAACUCUAGAUGCUGCUUGAAAUUAUUUGGAUGGGGGGGUGUAAAAACAUUUUUCUAUAAAAUUUGGGUGACUGAGUUAAAAUAUAAAUGUUAAAUAGAAUCUAGUGCAAAUGUGGAAGUUGUUUUAUGUCUUAAAAGAAUAGUUGCUUUGCCUGUUCUGCACCAACAUUACUUUGGAAAUAGGACAAUUUGUCUAUAUGCCUUCUAUGUAGAAGAUAGUCUGAAGGAAACUGAACAAUCCUUAACUUUUAAAGAGAAUGUACUGAAGUAGUACUUCAGCCCAAUAACCUUAACAGUAAGAAUUUGCACCUAGAGAUCUAUUAAUAAUACUUUAGUAACUAGUUUGACUUUUAGAUGCAAUAGAAAAAAAGAGUUCCAGUGACCAGUGUUUUCUUAGGGGUGGGGGGGAGAGACUUCAGACUUAUAGGAUCUAUUUUUUGUUUUUUUUCUGGAACCCCAAGAUCCAUCAACCAGAGUUGGGUGCAAAAGGCAUACUUAAAAUUAAAGAAUUCUGAGCCCAAGAAUUUGUUUUUAGUACCAGACGUGAACUGAGCUGACAGUUCUUCCACACACAUAUCCACUCCUUGUUGCUCCCUGCCACCCUAUUUUCUUCAUUUCAACAAUCUGAUUUGUGCGUCUUGCUGUUAUUAAGCAAUUGAUAGUCAGAAAUCGCUGCCAACCUCCUGAAAAUCACAUAGAAAUUCCAGUAAAUCCCCAAUCUCUGCACCCCUGUCUUGGGUGAUCAUUGUCAGGGUGAGGAUGAGAACUAAGUAUAUUAUGAAAGGAUAAAAGAACUUUGCAAUCAUUUUGAUAGGUACUUCAUUUAUAAAAACUUGUACACACUUUUGCAUAAGUCACAUGUUGUUCUUUUUAGAUGUAUCUCAAAGAGAUUAGUGGGUUUGGGAUUAUUUGUAUGUCAGCUAAUACUUUUUAGUCGAUUUACUAUUUGCAAUUCUCCCUUUCUUACACAACAACCAUAAGUGAAAUUUAACCUUACAGUCCAAGUACUGAAUGCUGCAUUAACACUUCUGCUAAUAGUAGUAGACAGAUACAACAGUGGGUGGGGAUUUUUUAAAUUAGAUUUUGAGUUGUGUUGUCAAAUUUCUGCUUCUGUUGUCAUAUACACUACUGUAAUGAGAAAUGGAAAGAUUAGAAAUUUUCUUAAAUCCUGCAAAAUAUUGACAUUGUUAUGCUAAAUGCUCUUCAAAUAUGUCCACCCAGUUAAUAGUUAGCAUUCCUAUUCACACUAACUUCAAGCUGCAUUAAGUACAGUAUAGUGGAACUUCUGAGCUAAUGUGGUUUAUUGCACAGAUUUGUUUUAGAUACCUGAGUUAAACCCAAGUGCUUUGUACAUAGUGAAGCUUAUACAGAAACUAGUUUAUCACUUAGGCAUUCUGGUGCUUGCCAUAGCUGCCAAGUUUUCCCUUUUCUCGCGAGGAAGCCUAUUCAGCAUAAGGGAAAAUCCCUUUAAAAAAGGGAUAACUUGGCAGCUAUGGUGCUUGCUAGGUUUUCUGUCUCUGUAAAUUAAGAGUGUAAGCCUCACCAUUCUGGAAGACUUCACUGCACCAGAAAUUUUGACUGCCCUAGUAACAAAUUGCCAAUAUUUAUUUACAAAAGAGUAGCAGUGCAAAAAAACAUUUACUGUAGUAUUAGAAGAAACAACAGAACUAGAAUAUAAUUUGCAAAGAGGAUAGGUUUCCAUUUAAGUUUCUAGAAUUUUGUUAACUUUUAAGGAAAGAGAUGAGAAUGGCUGUGUUGCAUUCAAAGCAAGUACUGAAAGAGAAGCCAGUAUUGCCUCACCAGUUGAUUUGCAUGGUAUUUUGUAGCCUUUACUGACUUAUGGACAACUGUUAAGGGGGAAGGAAUGACUAUUGUGAAAGAAAUAUGUUAGUUCGCUCUUUUGCUGCAAUCUUUGUAUUUUAGAAAGAACACUGUACUUUGAAAGAUAAGAGGUUUUGAUACUUCCCAUCUCUCCACUUCCUCCUUUAGCUGUAAAAAUAGUUGAGUACUAUAAGAUAAAGUCAAACUACAUUGAGACCAAUGUAAUGCAUUUCUAGGCCACACAUUUCUUUAAAAAGGUGAUGAGACUGAUGCCUAAUUUUUAUUCUUUUUCCUGGCUCCUAACAUGUCUCCUGCAGUAGGCUGCAGCAUGUUACUAAUUUGUCAUUAAUAAUGUUAAGCUCAAGCACUUGUAACAUAACCAGGGGAGGGGUCACCAACUGUUUUGGACCAUUUUGAAUGUUGAGAGAAUGCUGAUGGUGCCAGUUACAGUAUGGCGGCCAUGGGGGAAUGGCAUGGCACAAAACUAGAGAAACUGAAGAUAUUGCAGAUUUUCUGCCCCUGAGCAACCUCAUGCUUACCAUGGGAAAUCAGCUGUGGAGGCACUAAUGACAAAGGCACAAUAGCUUUGUUUUCCCCAAUGACAGUCCUAAACCAAAGCAUAAAUUGCCAUCCUGUAUCUACCGGUACUUACAUGAGAAUAAGCCCUAUUUAAAAAAAGAGAGAGACUUCUGAAAUAGACAUGUGUACUGUGAGAAAAUGGUGCAUAUGGGGCAUAUCACAUUUUUUGUAAAAUGGUAUAAAUAUGACCUUGUAACAUAGUUUCAAGUACCAUAUUAGGUCAGAAGAAGAAAUGCAAAAAAGUAAAUUGUGAUGGUCUUAAAUCUAAGCUUUCUUUUUGAAAAACUGUAAUAUGUUUGGUUCAUGGUGGAAAGAAAAUUAUGUUCUAGGUAAUAAAGAGAAACUCUGUGAAGGGUGAAUGCCACUACGGUAUGUAUUUAAUCAAACACGGGAUUCACUCAUGGCACACUUUUAAAAAAAAGUUUUUAAAAGUAUGUCAUAGAUGCUAUGGACAAUUAAUGCAGGUCUUUCAUUGGCUUAAUUUCUCGAGUGUACACAGAUACUGUACUAGUAUUUUACAGCUGUGUGUGUGGAAAUAUGGAAAGUAGUAAUUCAGGUUCAGGUGUAACUGAAUUACAAAAAAAUGGUUAGGUGUGUAAAAUGGCUGACUUGUCUUCAAUUUGUCUGACAUGACUUUUUAAAAAAUAUAUUGAAACAGACUACUUUUCUUUUAGAAAUAUAUUAUUUGUUUUAAAAGGGGGAGACUCAAAACCACUUAUUUAACAAUGUAUGGUGUUUAUAACCAAAUAAUUUCAUCUCCAAAAUAGCUAUGUACAGGCAUUUAAACUUGCCCAUGCCAAAAUUGGAGCUUACUUGCAGCCCACUAUGGAUUAAAUCCAGCAACCAUUGGAUAAAUGGAAUGACUUCUGCUCUUGCAAUGAAUUUUGUCCUCCCUAUGACCCCCAAAUCUGAGGUAGUGGGUUGGGAAGGUGGGGGUACAUGGAGGGGGGAGGAGAAGUACAUGAAUGAAAGCCAUUCCACUUGUGCAAUGAUGUUUUCAGAUACAACCCAGAACAUUUUAAAGCUUGGAAAGUUUUAAAUAGUGUGGCAGUUGGUCACCUUAGACUUGAAUCAGUAUUAACCUGAGAUACAAACAAGAGUCAGCAUCCACACAUAGCCAUUUCACUCCUUCCUUCGGCAGAGUGAAGCAGCCAGGAAGCUGCAUCCAGACCAGGAACCAUAGUUAUGGCUUUCAAACAAACCAGAGUAUGAAGCCAUGGUAUUAAAGUGGUCACUUCAUUAACUACGUAGUUCCUAGUGUGAAUGUAUCAAGAAGCUGUUGGCUGCAGCUUCCUGGCUUGCUCAUUUGUGCAAAGGAAGAGGUUAAAUGGUUGCAUGUGCGUGCCUGAAACUUGUGUAAAUCUUGAUUUACUAAGCCAAGAUUAUCCUCUGAACAUCACCCAUGUAUAAAGUAUGCAUAAAUUAAUAUGGGUUCAGCAACCAAUAUGUUGACUUAGAUGAAGCAACUCGGUGAUCAAAUUUCAGUUGAGCCAUGGCUUAUAUGCGUGGCGUUAUGGAUAGCAAUAAUAAUAAUAGUUUAGUAAUGGCCCACUUCACAAUGAUAUCAAUAAUGAUGCCUCUCUUGUUUCAGUGUACAAAGGGUAAAUUCUUCGUAUGUUAACCUGUAGUUCUGAUUUUCAAGGGUUUCACAAAAGCUUUCGUAGAUUAAUGUGGGACAUAUUAAGUUACUAGUGAAAUGAUUGUUGUUGUGAUGGGCAUUUGUGUGUGUGUGUGUGUGUGUGUGUGUGUGUGUGUGUGUGUGUGUGUAAACCCACACAUGUGGAGAUACCGUGUACACUACACACUUUCCAGGGGCACCUGCAGUUUGUAUAUGGAAAUAUAUGAUUUUUGUGGCCACAAUGUAGCCUACUGUACGAAGGUAACAGUGUUCGAAACUCCCAUUGUUUUAGGCGCAUUGUGCGACAGGGAAUUUUAUUAGUGUGAGCAGUUUCUGAGCUCUGGGUGCAGUACUAAGGCUAAGAUUUCAGAUUAAAACUGCAGUGGAAGGAAGGGAGGACCUUUUCUGACUCCCCACUUCCAGCUACUCUCUGAAGACUGGAGAAGAGACCCUCUUAAGAAUAUUAGGGAGGUGGGCAAGAGAAGAACUAGACCAUGUGAAAAAUGAACAUAAUAUUUUAGCUGCAGUUCACUCAUUUUCAGCUUUGUAUUCUUGUUAUUUAAAAAGCAUUCCGUUGUUGCACCUAUAACCUAGGUUUAAGGUGCCAUUUAGCUCCAAGCUUUCAUAUGUGUUUCUAACAUUGGAAGGUAAGAGUUGUAUUUGAUAUUCUGUCUACUCUUGUACCUGGCCCUUUCUGCAGCCCUUUGUCUGAGACCUUUCCCACUCCCAUUUAAAAAGGUUAAUAUCAAUACCAAUAACACAAGCAAGAUAUGAUUGCAUAGCAUUCUUGUUGGCAGUCUAGCUGCAAUAGUCUGCAGUUUCCAAAAUGUCUUCAAAAACAACCACUUGAAAAGCUCAUUGCAUUAUUCCAGUCUAGAAAUUAACCAGCCAUGGCCAGGCUGUCUCUCUUGUCCAGAAAGGGUUGCAGUCAGCAUAUCGGGCCUAGCUGAUAAAAUGCACUACAUGCCACUGAAGCAAUCACACGUUAAAAUGGCAAAGUUGAAUCCAUAAGCACCCACAGGAUGCGCACCUGAUCCUUCAGGGAGAGAGAAAUCCUUUUCAGAACUGGUUGAACAGCACCUCCCUGGGCAGAUGAACCACCCACCAACAGCACUUCCAUCUGGUUACAAUUUAAUGGUUCUCUGCCAAGUACCAGGACAGCAGUGCUUCAUCAGGAAUUGAUAGAGCUGUGUGUCAAAAGCCCCAUAACCCUUUCUAGGACACAGGAGUUCCUCAGCAGAUAAGUUGGUGCAGAAUGGGUUCCCAUAAAAGAAAAAUCUGAAAACUGCUGGUGUAAAUCAUAAGCACUGCAGCAGUUGUCUGAACUACCUAAGAACAUCCCACCAAAUCACCUUCUUCCAUCUAAUCAACCAUACUCAAGGUUUCAGUGGAAGGAAAUGAAGAUGGAAAAACCAUCUCCAGAACAUGGCUUGAAAUUUCAGAUUUAACAUGACAGUUACCGUAUAUACUCGAGUAUAAGCCGACCCGAAUAUAAGCCAAGGCACCUAAUUUUACCUCAAAAAACUGGGAAAACUUGUUGACUCGAGUAUAAGCCGAGGGUGGGAAAUGCAGCAGCUACUGGCAAAUUUCAAAAAUAAAAUAAAUACCGUCCUAUGCCUUUCCCAGCUGUCGGCGGCAGGGUGGGGGGAGAAGCGGCGAGGAAGGAUCCCUUCCUUGCUGCUUCUCCCUCCCCGCUGCCUCACACAGAGCAGGCAUAGGAUGGGGGUUCGGAGAGUCGCAGCACAGCGCUUCUCCAACCCCCCGGUCCUGUGCCUUUUUCUGCCGCUGCCCGCCUCACUCGAGUAUAAGCCGAGGGCAGCUUUUUCAGCACAUUUUUGUGCUGAAAAAGUAGGCUUAUACUCGAGUAUAUACAGUGCUUGAUUUGAAGCUUUCUCGGAAGUAAUACAUGCAGAUCCCAUUAUCUGAACAUAAUGCGUUCCCAGAAAAUCACUCAUUAGGCAAACAAUCGCAUAAUGAUCUGAUGAAUCCUAUAUUCCCCUCCUAACAUUUAGUUUGGCCUUCAGUCACUGCCUCUGCUCUACAGGUUAUAAUAAUCUCAUACCUUUUGAAAAAAAAUUGAUCAGGGUUGACCAUACCAGUUUGAAUUUUGUCAUCCUAAGGAUGGAAGUAAAGGCUGUUGUUCACUUUUGUAGAAGGUGAAAAGAUGUGGUGUGAAAUGAUUCUACUCUGUUCUACAUGAGUUGGGCCAGACUGCUGUUGCUCCUUUUUUCUGUGCUUGAAAAUAGACUAGGAUUUAGACUGAAGCAGUGUUAGUUGAUUAUACUGGUUCACCGUAAAUACAUUCUGCCAUAUUAACUGAAAGAUCAAAUUCAAAAUUGUUAAUAUAUGAAGAUGUUUUCUUUGGUGUGGGAAUAAGUUCAAUCCUUCAAGUUCUGAGUGUCCAGAUGCUAGUGCUGCUUGUGACCUAUGGGCCAGUAAGUCUUAGUAUGUGGCUGAACAGCACAUCCAAGUGUUUUUGCCUACCAGUGUCUUCCAAUACAGAAUUCCAUUGCUCAAAAUGCAUUUAUAUGGGGAAAUGCAAUGUAGCACUAACUAGCAAAGAACUGCUACACAUGGCGUUGGAAGUUACGCAAUCAAGAGAUGUAAGGAACAAGGUUUCGAAGAAGUGGGAUGAAAUGUGUUUUUAAUUGAGAACAUGGUAACUGAUCAUUUUUGGGUAGAAUUAAUGGAUUCUGGACUGGGUAUUAUUUAUUUAUUUUUGCAGCUUUCUGUUUAAGGUUAGAUAGUAAAUCCCAUGUGAAUCACUCAGUAAUUUGUGUACACCAGUACCUAACAAGAAUGGGACGCGGGUAGCGCUGUAGUCUAAACCACAUAGCCUAGGGCUUGCUGAUCAGAAGGUCGACGGUUUGAAUCCCCGCGACGGGGUGAGCUCCCGUUGCUCAGUCCCAACUCCUGCCAACCUAGCAGUUCAAACAUAGAUAAAUAGGUAGCACUCUGGUGGGAAGGUAAACAGCAUUUCCAUGCACUGCUCUGGUUCGCCAGAAGUGGCUUAGUCAUGCUGGCCACGUGACCCGGAAGCUCUGUGGACAAACGACGGCCCCCUCAGCCAGUAAAGCGAGAUGAGUGCCGCAACCCCAGAGUCGUCCGCAACUGGACGGUCAGGGGUUCCUUUACCUUUUUUAUAUGUAACAAACAUUGAGCUGUAACUGUAUGCAUCAGUGAUUAAAAAGCUGUAUGCAUAAAACAUGCAGUUUUCUAGAGUAAACUAGGCUCUUCUGCACACUCAGCUGUUUGCCAUAUUGGUUUAUUAGUUGCACUUAAGUCAGUUUCCUGUGAAGUUGUGGUUUGACAAACCUUUGAAGCAUUGAAGUAAGGCACUCGAGGUAAUGAGAUGAAUGAAAUAUUGCUAACUUUUAGACUGAUGAGUGAUGGCUUAUCUGUCAGAUUGUUGAGAGGCUCGCUGGGACAGUAGGUUCAUUUGAUAUAAACAUUUACACACAGGGUUUUGACCACUAUAAUAUGGAUGUGGCACACAAACUUGCAAUAUUACAUAAGUAUACAUUUUUGAAGGGGGCAUGAUUUCAUAGUGUUUCACUAGAUAUAAAUGUGCCAAUCUUGACAUAGAACUUUUUGAAUCAGGCUAGAGCGGCUUUCCCUGACUUGGAGCCCCCUCCACCCCCAACUACAGCCCCAGCUAGCAUAGCUAAUGAUUAGGGAUGUUGGCAAUUGUAGUCCAAAAUGUCACGAGAGCAUCAGGCUGGAAAAGGCUGGACUAGAGAAUAUCAGCUUACUACUUUGCCAUGAGAUCAUAGAACCUUAAGAGUUGGAAGGGAUGCAAGGGUCAUCUAGUCCAACCCCCUGCAAUGCAGGAAUCUCAGCUAAAGCAUCCAUGACAGGUGGCCAUCCAACCUCUGCUUAAAAACCUCCAAGGAAGGAGAGUCCACUACCUCUUAUGGGGGUCUCUGUCAGAAAGUUUUUUCCAAAUGUUUAGUCGGAAUCUCCUGACAACUUGAAGGCAUUGGUUCAAGCCCUACCCCCCAGAGAGGGAGAAAACAAGCAUGUUCCCUCUUCCACAUGACGGUCUUCAAGACAUUUGAGGAUGGCUAUCAUAUCUCCUCUCUUCUUUUCCAGGCUAUACAUACUCAGCUCCUUCAAGCGCUCCUUGUAAGCCUUAGUUUCCCGACUCUUAAUCAUCUUGGUUGCCCACUGCACAUGUUCCAGCCUGUCAACUUCCUUCUUAAAUUGUGGUGCCCAGAAUAGGACACAGUAUUCCAGGUGUGGUCUGACCAAGGCAGAAUAGAAUGGUACUAUUACUUCACUUGGACACUAUACUUCUGUUGAUGCAGCCUAGAAUAGUGUUAGCUUUUUUUGCUGCUGCAUUACACUGUUGACUCAUGUCAAGUUUGUGGUCCACCAAGACCCCUAGAUCCUUUUCACAUUUACUGCUAGUAGUCCAGGUGUCCCCUAUCCUAUAUUUGUGCAUCUGGUUCUUCCUGCCUAAGUGCAGAACCUUACAUUUGUCCCUAUUGAAAUUCAUUUUGUUAGCCUGGGCCAAGUUCUCCAGUCAAAUAUAACUUUAGAGGAAGUAUGUAUCAAAAGUGAAAUUCAGGCCUUAAAGAAAUGAAUGCUAUGUGGGAUAUCUUAAAUGCUGCUGUUGUGGUUUUUUUGUUUUGUUUUGUUUUUUGACCAGUAGGAAACCUUCCAUAAUUUACCUUUUGUGAUUGUAGGCCUAUAAUUUCUGCCGUGGUGAUAAAUCAGCAGAAUGUGGAAUUUUUAAAUUAUAAAAUGCAUAGCAUCCUUAGUGAUGUGCUAGUGUUGUGGUGUGUGUAUGCGUCCAAUUUCAAAUAAGUCAUACGGUAGAUUAGUAGCUGUUAGGGUUGAUUAAUUAUAGACAUUGUAUUAGUGAGGGUUAUUUUGAUAGGUAAUAAAAUCUAAACAUUUCAUAAGAGUUUUUCUGAGCUAGAUUUACAUAUUCAGCAUUGCAUAGUAUUGACUGUGCUCAGUCCUCAUUCAGUUGACUUUGGGGUUUUUGCCCCCUUGUAAAGUGUUGAAUUUGCAAUUGGUAGUGCAUGUUGGGAGUGCAUGUUGGGAGACCUGUGUUUGAACAUGGCGGCACCUGCAAAGUAGAGAAUACUUCGUGAAUUCUACAUUUUUCAGAAGAUCAUCACCCAAAUUCAUUAUAAUACACCAACUUUCUCUUUUUUAAAGCAACAACUCAACUAAAUUAGUUCAGGGAGAGAUUAUUUUCUGACUUAGCCCCUUACUUUUAGCUUUAAUUGAAUGCAUUCAUAGCAACAAUAGGACAGAAAUCAUUGUGAAUCUUACCUCUUCAUCAAGUUGCUUUUAGUUCCUCAGCAAGGAAAUUUAAGUUACAUUAUGUGAAAAUCCUUUCAAGAUACAGUUUUAAGAAUGCUAACAACUUUUUUAGCAACUAUAAAAGUGGUGAAGAUGAACCUUGCAUUUUAGAACUUCUACAAAUAGUUUUAACACACAUUUUCAGAAUUUGCAAGAUACUUCAUGGUCCUGCCACCCACCUCCCCACCCCCAUUCCAAAUCAAGUUGUUGCAGAAGAUGAACAGAGUAGAUUUGUGGAGUUCACCAUUAAUCAUGGUGUCUUUCUGAAUGCUGUGCAUAUCUGACAAGUACUGUUGUAAUGUAAAAGCUGAGUUGCAUAGCAUUGUAACAACAACAGCAAAAUUAAUGAGGUGAAUGUAGUUGUGGCUUUUCAAAAAUGCACACUCCCUUUUAGGUAUUUUUUUUCUCAUAUAAGUGCAGAGAGCAAUUAAGAUGAGCAGCUAGAGGGGUGAGGGGUGCAGUCGGCACGAAGUGCGGCUUCUCGUGCUUCCUUUGGGACUCACCCUUGCCACAAAGCUGGCAUAGGUGCACCCUGGAGAAGGAAGAAAUCUGGAGAGCCAAGAGAAGUGCAAAAAGUGAGAGUGGUGGACUGCAGAGGCCGGACUAGAUCCUGGCCAUGAGGUUUGAUGCCUCGCUUUAUUGAAGGAGAGACACUGGACCUAAAUGGCGCAGCAUGACUUUGUUCCUGCCUGGCUUAACUUCUCUACACCACAGUCUGCAAAGGCCCCUGGAACCACUCUUGAGAAGCACGGAGAGCAUCUUCCUCGGGGAGAGGGCCGCUUUGGAGUAAGCCGGAGACGCCACAACUCUUCUGAUGGAUUUUUUAAUAAUGGCCCUCUCAGAACUGCAGGAGACUGCUGGCAUCAGCCUUCCCUGCACCGUCAUGAUUCUGUGGACUCUGGUGCUUCUAAAGGAGUUCAUGUUGGGCUAGCUGGCAAUCAGCCUGGCUGGUAUGGUUCUUCACGAGGCCAUGAUGGCAUGAAUCAAAGAGGAGGAUCGGGAUCCCAUCGCCACUGGAAUGGCAAUUUCCACUCCCGAAAGGGUUCAGCCUUUCAGGAAAAGCUACCUGCUGAGACGAGGGAGGAAAAGGAAGAAAAGGAGAAACUGCAAUUUGAGGAGGAAGACUUUCCAUCAUUGAAUCCAGAAGCUGGAAAACAGAACAGCCAGAGUAAACCUGUUGGGACUCCAUCUGGUGUUUGGGAAAACCCUCCUAGUGCCAAGCAACCUACCAAGAUGCUGGUCAUCAAAAAGGUUUCAAAAGAAGAUCCUGCUGCUGCCUUCUCAGCUGCAUUUACGUCACCAGGGCCUCAGCUUUCAAAUGGCAACAAGGCAACCACCAUUGUCCCAAGCGUCUACAAAAAUCUGGUUCCCAAGCCUGCAACACCCCCUUCCAAGCCAAGCCAAUGGAAAGCUAACAGAAGUGAACAUAAAACAGGCUCGCUCUCCUCCAGCCGUGAUUCUGCUUUUACAAGUCCAGUGUCUGUAACCAAACCUGCUGUACUGGCCAGUGGCUCUGUUCUCACCUCUUCCAAAGAGAGUCCCUCCAGUAUCACCCCUCCCAUUGAAAUAAACUCCUCUCGCUUGACAAAGCUGAUGCGCCGCACCACAGAUAAGAAGAGUGAGUUCUUGAAGGCCUUGAAGGAUGACCGGAAUGGGGAGUUGCCAGAGCGCCAUGAGAGCAACAAAUUGGAUGAUAUGGAGGAUGGCAGCACACCAGAACCAAAGCAAAACUGGGCAGAGAAUUGUCACCAGAAUGGUCUUUCUCUGCCUUUAGAAGAAGGGGAGAACCUUUCUCACUCAUUAGAAGCAGAACACAGGUUAUUGAAAGCAAUGGGGUGGCAAGAGUACCCUGAAAAUGAUGAGAAUUGCCUUCCCCUCACAGAGGAUGAGCUCAAAGAGUUCCAAAUAAAGUCAGAGCAGCUAAGAAGAAACGGCUUUAAGAAGAAUGGAUUUCUUCAAGGCCGUGGCAACAGUCAACUAUUCUCCCACUGGAGAAGCACUUUUAAGACAGAGUUUGAGGAGUCAGAUACAGAAACAAGUAGCAGUGAAACUUCAGACGAUGAUGCCUGAAAAUGGGCACAAAAAAACCCACAGUACAAAACCAACCCAGCAAACUCAGUUUGUAGUUCAGCACAUAAAUGUUUGGGGUUCAAAUGAAGCAGAGUUUAUUCUGUCUCAUGUCUGUUCAGUUUCUUUUUAUUGUUGAAAACUUCAUGCACAAGGGAAAGAAUUAUAUCCCAAAGAAGAAAGCUAUUGGCUUAUUUUUGGUUUUACCCUUCUAUGCUUCAUAGAGAACAGUCCAUGCAGAUGGGUGACUCAUGGCCUUCUGGUGCAAGGCAUAGUUUCAGUCUCAUCAGCAGCAGGAUGUAAGGGACUGAGUUGGGCAGCCACAUGCUUCUCAUACUGCCGUCCACAUAGCAAAAUGCUGUGCGGCAAUAAUGUGCUAAAACAAUCAUUGUCAAUGACAAAAUGGCUAUGGAAGUUCUAAUUGUGUUAAAUUAAUGCUAAUAACAUGGAACUUUUUUAUUUUGUUUUUUGGCGGCUCGGGGAGCUUCAUCACUUAACCAGGCGUGUUUGGGUUUUUUCUUUUCUUUUUUGGGGGUACAGCUGUAAAAUAUUUGGAUAUAGGAAUUGUUUGUGUUCUUGCAACCUUGAUAUUCAGGGUGGAUUGUAAAAUAUAAAUUUUUGUGGGACUUCAAAGAUUAAGAUUAUUUUGAUAACAUUAUUUACAGAUUUAAAAAAGUGACUAUCACAUUGAGUCUGUAUGAGGGGGAAAACUACUGCAACAAAAGAUAACUAACUUGGAAUAAAUAUUUUGCAUCAGUUUGCCAA